AGGGGCUUGUUCACAUAAUAGCCGGCGGCGGGUGAAGGCGUGGUGACUGAGGGAGUGUGUGCGCUCUCCUCGUACCGGAUGAUGAGCAUGGGCAGCGGCUGCACGGCGGCUCUCCUCCCGGUCUACUGUGGACAAAGCUGAUCGGAUCAGAUCAAUAUGCCGGAGAGACUCUGCCUUAUCUUCACUUAGAGCGGGAUAUAAAUAUCUGGAAGUCUAAAGAUGACUGAAGGUAAACUGUGCCAGGUUCAUCUGCUGGAUGAAAGAAAGCUUGAGCUGCUGGUUCAGCCAAAGCUCCUAUCAUAUGAGCUCCUCGACUUGGUGUCCUCCCACUUCAACCUCAAAGAAAAGGAAUUCUUUGGACUUGCAUUUUUUGAUGAGAAUGGUCAGUGUAAAUGGCUGCAGAUGGAUCGAAGGGUUCUUGAACAUGAUUUUUCUAAGAAACCUGCAGUCAUUUCCCUGAAUUUCCUGGUCAGAUUUUAUGUGGAAAACAUAACCCAGCUAAAGGACAUCAUAACGGUAGAAUUAUUCUAUCUGAAUGCGAAAUCAGCUGUCUACAAUGGGAUCAUUGAAGUGGAAACUGAGAAUGUUUUUAGGUUGGCUGCUAAUGCAUUGCAGGAGGCUAAAGGAGAUUAUACAAGUGAUGAAAACACCAGAGCUGAUCUGAAGAAGCUACCAACUCUCCCCACCAAAGUCCUCAAAGAGCAUCCGUCUCUAGCUUUCUGUGAGGAUCGAGUUAUCGAAUAUUAUAAGCAGCUGAAAGGUGUUUCUAGGGGACAGGCUAUUGUGCAGUAUUUGACAUUAGUGGAGUCGUUGCCAACUUAUGGGGUUCAUUAUUAUGAGGUUAAGGAUAAACAAGGGAUCCCUUGGUGGCUGGGAAUAAGCUAUAAGGGCAUCGGUCAGUAUGAUCUGCAGGACAAAUUAAAACCUCGUAAGCUCUACCAGUGGAAACAGCUGGAAAACUUGUACUUCCGUGAGAAAAAGUUUGCUGUAGAAGUUAAUGAUCCACACAGGAGAGCAGUAACAAAACGUACGUUUGGGCAGACAGGGCUACUAAUCCACACAUGGUAUGCCAGCCAUUCUUUAAUCAAGACCAUAUGGGUAAUGGCCAUUAGUCAGCAUCAGUUUUACUUGGACAGAAAACAAAGCAAAGCAAAACUAGGAACAGCUAGAAGUUUGGAAGAAAUCGCCAUGGAGCUCACUGAACACGGAGGAGCGAAAAUGAACAGACUAGGAGAUGUGGGGCUGAAAAAUAACUGUAUAACAGCUAGCAAUGGAAGCCUGGUGUCUACAGGUUCUGCAGACUCUGAAAUGAGUGAAGAACAGAAGAAAGAAAAACUAUCUGAGCUGAGAAAAAAAGAGCAGGAGCUCCAGGAAAUUUUGGCUAAGAAAACAAAAGAGCUGAAGAAGAUUUGCCUCAGAGAAGCGGAACUGACUGGAAAGCUGCCAAAAGAAUACCCCCUCUCCUCAGGUGAAAGACCACCACAGGUCAGGCGGCGCGUUGGCACUGCUUUUAAAUUGGAUGACCUUUUCCCCUACCAUGAGGAUCCCUUUUUGAGGAAUCUUGAGAGCAGAUUUGCUCUCCAGCGAAAGAUCGUUGAGGCGGCUAAGAAGCUCGCCAAUGAGUCUGAGUUGUGCAAAACAGUCAAGAAAAAAAGAAGGAGAAACUGUCUGGAUGCUAUGCACAAACUCCAGCAGAUAGAGGAUGAGAUGAACCAAUAUAGAAUCAAGAAGGGGAAAAAGCCCACGCAGCGCGCCUCUGUGAUUAUUGCAGAUGAGCUUGCCAGGUCCAACUGCAGCUCUCUAUCGAGUCUCCCACUGGAUGAUGAUGACUCUGACGGCGCAGGUCAAAGGCCACGUUCACGGUCAGUCCAAGGUUCCCCUCAGCUCAGUCCAUUGCGAUCACUUGGAACAGAAUACGAUGUGGAGAGACAGGGAUCUUCUCCAGGAAACAAUCACAAGGGCCAUAGCAGAUUAGGCUUUGAUGGCCUAGAGGUUCCCCAUUCCUACCAGAAUCAAAGAGAGGUCUCAUCCACCAACAGCAGCCCCUAUAAAACACUUCCUAGGCCUCCCAGAGAUCCACGCAGCAUGCCUCCCACCCCAGUUAUGACCCGUAACGCCUACAGCAGCAGCCAGCUCAGGUCAGAAGGGUCUCCUCAUUGCUUCAGACAUCGCAGUGGAAGUCUGGAGUCUCAGCCUCGGCUGCGAAAUGCCACAGACCCUGAGAAGCCUGUCUUUAUCCUGUCACCAUCCCAUCGCAGUAACAGCACAGAGGUGUUAGAGGAUUGCUCCUCCUACACUAGCCAGUCCAGCCUGGACUACUGUGGUGCAGCUAACUCCCACUACAGUACUCUGGACUCCCGUACCUUAACGAUGCAUCGUCUUCAUAGAAAAGUGGAAGUGUAUGGUAACACUGGAAGCAUGCCCAACUUGGUCCAGCACCAUUCUGGCUGCAAUUAUCAAUGUGAGACCUCACCACACUAUGCACCUAGUGCCUACUAUGUUGCCAAUUACGCCUGUCAGGACAUUGAGCCGUAUGCUAAUGGGGCAUAUGUAUAUGAGAAUGAAGUUGAAGGCCAUUACAACGUAAACCCGUCCUACCAGAUGAAUGGCUACCAUGGACAUGACAGGUUCAGGCAUUACAGUAGUGAUGGGGCAGAUAGUCUUUCACAGAAUCCUUAUGCGACGGUGAGGCCGCCAAGGAACAGAGAGGGCCCCAGAAAUGAGCUCCUGGCUAAAAACAUGCAUAAGGCCUUGGUGGCUGAGCAUCUGAGAGGCUGGUACCACCGGAGCAAAGGCCACCGUGAGGGUGGGAGAGGGUUGAUGGCUGGAUAUGACUAUGACAGCGGCUCGCAGCUCAGCCUGGGCUACCAAACAAUGCCAGCAGCCUUUAGCCACUCAAGUAGAGCUACUUCUUUCUCCUCAGUGUCCUCAGCAGAGAGUGCAGGAAACUGGCGCAACCAGCUGGCCGUCGGCCUGACAGAGUUUGAUACACCUGACGUAUCCCAAUACUCUCCUGCUGGAGCUCAAGCAUCUUUGUACAACCGCAGUCCCACACACAGCAGAUUUUCCUCUGAGAACAAGGAGUCUGAAACAAAGACUAAAAAAUCUGAGUCAGUAGAUGUGGUUGAUGCUGAGGCCACUAGUACAGAAGAACCAUCAGACAACCAAACUAGCACUUAAGGAUUUCAUCUUGAUGGGAGCUACAUGGGAAUCCACUGAAGAGGACCAAAAUGAACCAAUGGACACAAACAAGCCACAGCCAGCAGCACAUGGAGGGAAAGGAGCUUUAGACAGAACUUGUUGUUGUUGCCAGUGCAGUCUACGAAAAUAGCAACAUUUCUUAACAUUUUGCGCAGAAAGGUGCACAGGGACCUCAAGCUAAAGACAGCUAUGAACACCGUGAUGACAUUCUUGAAUGGCUUCCCCAUGUGCCUUGGAUUGGAUGAACUGAACAGGCAGAUGAGGAUGUGUCAAGAUGUUGCACAAUUAAACCGGAUUCAAACCUAAAUGUGUAUUAACGACAAAACAGUCCCC